UAAUAAGAAAAAGGGUAAAUAUGUCUAUUAAGACGAACAAACAUAUUAUAUUUAAAUACUUAGAAUUAUUUACUUGGUGGUAGGGUCUUGUACAAGCCCGUUUGGAAAAUUAAUACACAAUGGAACCAUUAAAAAUACACAUACAGUUUGGUGGUGGAGCAGAAUUGUUGUUUGAUAAAAUAAAGAGGAGAGAAGUUGAAUUGCCAGCAUUAAAAAAGUAUUACCCAGAUUGCAAGCAUGAAAAAUGGUUGAUAAAAGACCUCCUUGUGUGGAUUAAAGACAAUCUACUUAAGGAGAGACCGGAGUUAUUUUUACAAGGUGACUCGGUCAGGCCGGGCAUAUUGGUGCUUAUAAACGAUGCGGAUUGGGAACUCUACGGGGAGCUGGAUUAUGAACUUCAACAAAACGAUACAAUAAUGUUCAUAUCUACAUUACAUGGAGGAUGAAUAAAUGAUUAGAUAUUU